GCCCUCAGACCAGGAUCCAUAUGCACAGUUACUAGCAGAGAACUAUGAAAGAACAGUUAUAGACAGUUCAUUUAUAUAAAAAAUUUCGAUGACAUUUGACUGGUAAACAAUGUAAUCAAGAAGGGAGAGGGGAGGGGGGAGAGAGAUUAUCCAAUCAAGGAUUGUCAGAAACACAUGGCAAGCAACUUACAAUUUGUUUUUUUUUGUUGAGGCGCACCAUGGCAGCUCGUUCAAGCUACAAUGAGGAGAGGAACCUCCUUCGUAUCCAAGAGCGGGAGCGGCGCAAUCAGGGAACCUUCCAGGAAAAGGAGUUCUACCAGGAGACCGUUCCCCUGUUCGGGGAACCCUAUAAGACGAACAAAGGAGAUGAGCUGUCCAGCCGUAUCCAGAGGAUGCUGGGUAGUUAUGAGGAUGUGAACAAUCCCAACACUCACCAGUGUUUGGACAGCAGCUUCUCUAAGGAGCCUCAAUCUCAUGUCACCACAAAGUAUGGGCGGCCAUCUCGCAGCCGAGACCGAGCGAAGCCUCCAUUCCAGAACCCUCCUCAGUACGGGGCAAGCCAGAGCCAGAGUGGUGGUCCGCCCCGUGGUAGCCACUCUGGCCAGCCUCUGAAGAAGAUCCACGGUCCUUCCUCCUCCUACACCCAGUCCUCCCUGAGUCUCAGCCAGGGCCAGGCCUGCCCAGACCCACACCAGGGAAAGACUGAGCUCUGGCCAGACCUGAGGGAGUGUGCCAGUCUUCCUCCAGUCCUCUCCGCCCUGUCACCCCCAGCCGAUCCCCUAUCCCCCCUACAUUCCAGUGACCCCAGCGACUCUGAACACCAGGACUCCCCCCUGCACCCUGAGAGGCACCCGGCCUCUCCCCUACACCCCGACUCACACUUCCCCAUGGUGUCCCCCCUGGAUGACCCCCAGAGAGACAUCCCGCCUCCGGCCAUCGAUGGGGCAACCCUACCCUCUCAGACCUUCCCUCCACCACUGGCCUCCAAACCCAACCUGGUUAUGCCCCAGAAGCCAACAGCCUACGUCCGGCCCAUGGACGGCCAAGACCAGGUGACCAGCGAGUCUCCGGACCUCAAGCCCUCUCCAGAAGACUUUCAUGGGCAGUCUUAUCAUGAACCCUUACCAGACUUGAAAAGCACCAAGCCCAGCCUUUCCAAACUGAAGAUACCAUCACAGUCUAUAGAGACGCUGUCACAUGAAGCUGACUGUGUGGAAGACAUUCUGAGGGAAAUGACCCACUCCUGGCCUCCUCUCCUGACUGCCAUCCAGACGCCCAGCACAGUUGAGCCCUCCAAGUUCUCCUUCCCAGUCAAGGAAGCACAGCAUGUCCCACCUGCGUCUCCAGGACAAAAACACUAUGGAUCACCUCCACUAGCCCCGCCCUCCAUCUGUCAACAGAGCUCAUGUACGGUUACAGCAGCACAUUCCAGUGGGGUGGAGUCAGCCAGCUCCAGUGACUCUGAGAGCAGCUCCGGGUCGGAGUCAGGCAGUGAGAGCAGUGAGAGUGGGACAGAGGCCCCCCCACAGCCCCUCAGGAGUAGUAGCCCACCUGUGACAAAGGCGGAGGGCCCCGUGGUGACUAACUGGCAGUUGAACAACUGGAUCAGAGUGAGCCAGCAGAACCCCAGCACAGAGAGCCAGAGUGACGCUCUACUGAGCCCUCUACCCAAACAGCAGCAGAGCCAUGAGGAGGAGGCCAUUCCUCCCAGGGACUACAAAUCCCACACACCCCCACGUCGCUCAGAGUUCAGUGACGGCGAAGCCAAACCUCAACGCAGUGAAGAAGCUGCCCACAACCAGCAUGUCCAACACAAGUCCCCGGCCGCCUCGCACGUUGGGAACAGCAGCAACAGCAGCCAGAGAAAGACAGUGGGGAACAAACACCCCUCCAGACCAGCCAAGGCUCCCCGACCUGAAGACCCUCAGGCUGGGUUACAGGUGGAGAGUGUGGAGGUGGUCCCCCGUGACAAAGACACCUCGUUCACAGACAAGCCAAAGGUCAAAACGAAAACUGGCCACAGCAAUAGCAAGAUCAGCGGAGCCAAAACAAACAGCAGGAAGCCUGCCAAGCGUGGCACCUCUGAGAAGAAGACCGAACAACCAGAGUCACAGAGUGGCCCCAAGGUGACUCUGGUGCUGGACUGUAAGCGGGAGAAGUCUCCUAGUCCCAGUCCUGCCCAGGAGGUAGACCAGCCAGCCCCAGCUGUGGUGAAGACCAUCGGUGUCAGGACGGAGACCCUCCCGGCCCCUCAGAAGGGCCAAAAGAAGCCCCGGCGCCACUCUCUAGACCCAGCACACAAGGCCAAGCGGGAGUCCUCAGCCAAAGCUUCCAGGGUCUGCCAAGGUCCUCCACGAGCCCUGCUGGUAAAGAUAGAAUUGAGCCUGCUGUCCAGGGUUCCCUCCCAGGGCUCCAGGCCUUCUUCAGGGGGCCAGGAGCCAGCCAUCAGGAAGGGACCCAACACGGCCCCAGAGAGGGGGGACACCAACCCCGCUGCCCCCAUCCCUACCAAAGUCUGCAAGAAGAGACCGGCUGAGAAGGAUGUGAAAACUGUGCCAAGGAAGAAGCCAAAGCUGCAGAAAGAUCUUAAACCCUCCACUUCAGGUCCUGGUUCCCGCAAGUCUGAGACUGAGAGGAAGCGGUCUAAGGGGGCUCCUGUCCCUCUGCUGCAGCCCACCACCACUCAGGACCCUGGGAAAGGGCAGGGGGGCCACAAACGGCAUGCGGUGGAUGCCCCAGAGCCUAGCACAGCAUCUGCAGCCCACCGCAGGGACAGGGAGGCCUCCACACCUGCCAAGCACAGGAAGAGCACUGAAAAACAACGCACAGAGCAUGCCAAGAAAGGCCUCAAGAGCAGUGUUGCCUUCUCCGUGCCUUCUCAGCCCACCGGGACCGCCCUGUCCUCCAGACCCCUGCUCCAGUUCGAAGAGAGGCAGCAGCCAGUGGAGUAUCACAUGAAGGAAGCCAAAACACUCAAGCACAAGGCAGAUGCCACGCCGGAUAAGGUGGGCAAAGCUUUCAACUACCUAGAUGCUGCCAUGUCCUUCGUGGAGAGCGGCAUCGCUAUGGAAACCGAUCCCCAGACCCCGAAGUCGGCAUGUACGAUGUUCGCUGAAACCUUGGAUCUGAUCAAGUUCAUACUGAAACUAAAGGGCUCUGUGAACCCCUCGGCUCCUGCUACAGACAAGGACUUUACAGUUUUAUGCAUGAGGGGCCUGUCCCUUCUACAGAUGGCCAUGUUUCGCUACAAACGAGAAGCAGCACUUAAGUAUUCAAGGACCCUGACAGAUCAUUUCAAGAGUUCUAUAAAGUCUGCAACCCAGGCUCCUUCACCAUGUGUCUCAAAAAGCACAGGUACCCCAUCCCCCAUGUCUCCCAUGCCGUCUCCUGCCAGCACAGCCAGUUCUGGGCCGGGCUCCAACCACAGCAGCGGGGCGGGGUCAGGCACCGUCAGCACCGUGGCCAUUCCACAGGUCAUCCAGCAGGUGGCGUCUUCCUACGUCAACAUCACGGCACUCUUCCUGAGUGCUCACGACAUCUGGGAGCAGGCUGACGAGCUGGCCCACAAAGGCAGUGGUUUGCUGUCUGAGUUGGACUUGGCUCUGGGCCCGUUGAGCCUGACGUCCACCAUGAGCUCUUUGGUGCGUCACACACGGCAGGGACUGCAGUGGCUCCGACUGGACACCCGUGAGGCACAGUGACCGCUUCUCAGCCCUGCCCUGUCGACAAUGCCUAGCCCAGCCCUGGAUUGCCUAGCCCUGGCUUUCCCUGUCCGCGACAUCCUUCUUGGUUUUAUUUAUUGACGGGCCAUCAGAUGAAUGCAGGAUCCCAAGUCCCUCUACAAGUUGUUCACAUGGAUACCAAGUCACCUUUUUUCUCUCAACUACAUAUAUCUAUAUAUAUAUAUAUAUCUAUCUCACACACACACGGAUUACAUGCAUUUUCGGGUUCCUGUCCUCUGUUGAUCACAUUGAAGGGUUCAUCAACAAACAACUAUCACAUCCUCUGGAGCUCAGGGGGGGCUGAUGGAGGCGGAGCUGAAUAGGACUUCCUCCCUUUUUCAACAACGAGCCACACAGCCAGCUGACUGGCCCUGCCACCCCUCUGGGGGUCAGUAGGGGUGUCUCCCCGUGGCCUGCCCCACCCCUCUGGGGGUCAGUAGGGCUGUCUCACUGUGGCCUGCCCCACCCCUCUGGGGGUCAGUAGGGGUGUCUUCCCAUGGCCUGCUCAACCCCACUGGGUCCUGUCUGUCUUGGAGGUCAGUGAGGCCAUGUCCCUGUGGGAUGGUUGUCUGAAGAUACCUGCUUUUUUUUUGGUUGUGGUUCAGAGAGGCCUCUCACCUUUCUCCUGUGGUAACGCAAAGCAGUAAUGACAAAAGCUUAUUUAUUAGCCUCAUUAUCAUGAUGUUUAUUAUUAUAUCACUUUAAAUACAUUGUUUUCAAUUAAGUUUUUAUUUUUAUUAAAAGCGUUGAUAUGGCCAAUUGUUUUACUUCACAACCAACUAAAAAGUCCUAUAGAAGUGAAGGGAUCUAUCCAUCCAAGACACGUCUAUAAUAAUACUGUUCGAAUUCGGCAGGAUAUAGUUAGUAUGUCUCUGCUGUACCAUAAAGUAUUAUAAAGUGACUAGAUGCAUUGUCCUGAAAUAUGGGACAUCAGUAUUCUUGAAUGGAGACAAAGAUGGUCCUUGAUGCUUUUUUUUUGAAGAUAUAUUAUUCUUUCCCCCCCCCCAUUUUUCUCUUCAAAAGAGAUGGAUUCUACGUGCCAGGGCGGGUCCACUAUGUUCAAUCAGUCAUAACAGAAAUAUGAUUUGAGUUGGAUUUUGUACUUGCUUUCCCUUUUUUUUUUUGUCAACAACUGCUCAUCUAAGACAUUUUAGAUAAGAAAACCAAAUGGUCUGAUUUGACCAGUAACCCUGGUCCUUACUCUUCAGACAGGAAGCAGGAAGUAACUACCUCAUCUUCACUGCACAUGGGAAGCAGAGCAACGCUGUCUGAUGGAGGCAGAGAGAGAGAGAGGGAGGGACCUGUGGCCUAAUGUGAUGGUUGAGAGCGUUUUCUAUAGUUCUGUAAUCUAUCCAGCAUACAUGCUUUUUAACACUCAGGCUGAAGCAUCAAACCAGUUUUUAUACAGACGUCGUUCAGUAGAAAUUAAAGUACCUUAGAUGGGUUUUUUUUUUUUUUAAGGACACUUGCCGUCUGUCUUCCCAAAUGGAAUACUUAUUGAAUAUAUCAUCAUCUUGUAUUGAUCAUUGACAAAGCAAGUCCCAUUUAACUGAAGUCAAAAGUGGAUUUAGUAUGUGGGUAGGAGUUUUGAAAAGCAGGAUACUCUUCCCUUUACAAACAGCCGUGACUGUUGGAAAUGAUUCACUGUAGGACUGGCAACCUGUGAGGGAGCGUUGACCGGCUGUUUAGUUUACAUCCUUUGCGUAGCUCUGGUGUCACAUCUUGUGCGUACAUACAAUAACGGCCCAUGUCAUUAGAAAAUAACACUUAUCAACACAUCUAAAUGAUUGCUGGGUUGUUGUUGUUUUUUUCGUAUGAUAGUCGGAAAAAAAAGUUAUGUACCACACAGGUCAGCAGAAGUGACUGGGCAAAUGAUUGGCUAAGUCUUACAACUGAUCUUUGACCCUAUUGCCCAUUUUUAUCUCUUCAGUACCUAUUACCACCAUUUUUAGACCACACAACUCCCUAGAUGACAAGAUGUGCGUCCCAAAUUGCACCCUAUUCCCUAUAUAGUCCACUAUUUAUUUUUUUGACCAAGUAGUCUACUAUAUAGGGAACAGGGUCCAAUUUGGACAUAGACUGUCUUUUAGGGGAGUAUUAAUUUUUAUCAUGGACAUGUAUCUUCAUUGUGUGUGUGUUCAGCACAGUCUAUUCAUUGAGAUCAAAUAUUACCAGACCUAGACGAUGCCUUUCUGUAGAAUGAAUUGACAUAAUUUCCGCUUUAAAGCGCCCUGUUCAAUUUCUGUAGAAUGAAUGACUUGGUAUUUGUUUUUCUGAUUAAAAAAAAAAGGUGAGGGUUUGAUGGUAUUACAAUUACACACUUGUAUUUGAUUAAAUCAGUGGUUUAUUUAAUGUUUAACGGAUGUUAUUGAUGGCGAAAUACUGGCGAUCCUUAUGAUUUUGUAUCAGUCAAUCAAUAUUCUGAUAUUUAAGCCUAUACAACCCCGCCUCUCUCUCAUUUCAGCAUUAACACAACAAUGCUUACAGCAAGAUAAAAAACCAACGUGUGUCAUUUGCACUUGUUUCAGUGUAUUUUUCGGUUUCCUCCAGGGUUGGAGUCCUCUUGCUUGAUGUAAAAGGCUUUGGUUAAGAGCAACAAAACACAGCGGUGAAUGCAAAAUGACACAUAGAACAUGACUAAAAUACUGUUUUUGAUGAAAGAUUGGAGAUUGGUUUACAUCACCAUGCUUUGCUUAAAAUUGACUAAAUCUGUGCCGUUUAGUUAAAUGAAUUGUUUUAUUGUUACUAUACUGUAAGAAAAAAGAAAUUGGAGCUCACUGGAAAAGCUAUUUCUAUUGGCGUACAAAUAUAUAAGGGCUGCACAUGAAACCACAAAAGAAAAAUGCGUUUGUAUUUAUUUUAUCACAAAUAUGAACCGUAUGAAUAGAGUAUACUGGUACCAUGGCUUUUUUUUUUUUAAAUAUAUAUAUUUAAAAAAUCCGCCUCCAAAGCAGGCCGCUUUGUAAGUAAUCAAUCAUACUUUGAGUUACCCAACUUGGAUGUCAAACUGCACAUGAAAUGAAAUGAAAUGUCCUGUUUUGAGAUGACCUUCUACAUUUUGUAAUGACUAAAACGUUGCUCUGGUUUCUAUGCCAUGUUACAUGUCCUUUUUCAUAUUUUUGAAGCUUUAUUGUCAUGCUUCAUUUCAAUCUUUUUUUCUUUUUUUUUUGCGCUUCAGUUAUAGGUAUUCUGUGUGCAGAAUUAUAAUUAUUGUCCAUAAAUAUAUGAUAUCACGCUAAAAGGAACAACAUCACCUUGGUCAUUUACUGGGAAAAUGUGCAGAAAUCUUUUGUAAUUAAACUUUUUUGCCUUGUGGAAAUAUGUAAAUAGUUUGAGCUGCAAUGUACAGAGAUGUAUAAAGACUGAUUGACAAUGAAUUUUGGUUUUCUUUUGACUCAAGUUUUCCCAAAGAUGCUGUUUUGCAGACAUUUUGUAGCUUGGCUGCUGAAGAUGAAUUGUGGCUCAACAGUAUAUUCAGACCUCUGCACUGUAAAAUGUUUGAGGCAAUAAACUUUGGGGGACAAUG